CCCCGGCAUGCGCAGCCGCAGAGCACCGCAACCUGGCCCGCUUAGACCCAGCGCUGCGCAUUUGCCAGCCAGUUCGCCCGUCCGGAGCCCGGCUCGCUGGGGCAGCAUGGCGGGGUCGCCGCUGCUCCGCGGGCCGCGGGCCGGGGGCGUCGGCCUUCUGGUGCUCCUGCUGUUGGGUAUACUUCGGCCACCUCCUGCGCUCUGCGCACGGCCAGUAAAGGAGCCCCGCGGCCUGGGUGCAGCCUUGCCGCCCUUGGGCGAGGCUGGUGCUCCCCGCCGCUUCCGGAGGGCAGUGGCCAGAGGGGAGACUGCGGGGGCCGUGCAGGAGCUGGCGCGGGCGCUGGCGCACCUGCUGGAGGCCGAACGGCAGGAGCGUGCGCGUGCCGAGGCACAGGAGGCCGAGGACCAGCAGGCGCGGGCCCUGGCGCAGCUGCUGCGCACCUGGGGCGCUCCCCGCACUACCGAUCCGGCUCUGGGCCUGGAGGACGAUCCUGAUGGGCCAGCCGCACAGCUGGCCCGUGUCCUGCUCCGCUCCCGCCUCGACCCUUCCGCCCUCACAGCCCAGCUGGUCCCCGUCCCUGCCCCCGCCGCCGCUCUCCGACCCCGGCCCCCAAUCUACGAUGACGGCCCCGCGGGCCCCGAGGCCGAGGACAACGGCGACGACACACCAGACGUGGAUCCCGAGCUGCUGAGGUACUUGUUGGGGCGGAUCCUCCCAGGAAACGGGGACCCCGAGGCUAUGGCUGCCCCGCGCCGCCUCCGCCGCGCGGCUGAUCAGGAUCUGGGGUCUGACAUGCCCCCCGAGGGCGUUUUGGGAGCCCUGCUGCGCGUGAAGCGCCUGGAGACUCCUGCGCCCCCGGCGCGCCGCCUCUUGCCGCCCUGAGCACUGCGUGGAUCCUGCGCGCCCGCGGGCCCAGGGCUGCUCCUCCCCGGACACCCCAACUGCUCCCCGCCGGCACGUCCCCGCCAGCUGCAGUUCCUGCCCUGGAGCCCCAAUAUCCCCACAAUAAAUACGAUCUGAAGCAGCUA